CUCGCCCCUUUUGCUGCAUUUUUGGAUUCCGAAUCAAAAUACCUCAGUGAAUCCAUGAGGUUACGAUUUCUACCGUCAUUGAUGUGCAUGAAACUAAUCAACGCCUCUCCGGAAGAAUAUCACCAAAAGAGUGGAGCGUUGCUCGUUGGAAAUCCAUGUCUAGAAGCGUUUACCACCUUGUUCGGAGAGAACAAAUUUUCACCCUUACCUUUCGCCGAAAAGGAAGUAAAGAUGAUCGGAGAAAUGCUUGAUAUCCACCCACUCACUGGAAAAGAGGCAACUAAGGCUGAGGUGUUGAAAAGAAUUGGUUCGGUUGCUGUGGUGCACAUUGCUGCGCACGGAAAAAUCGACACUGGAGAAAUUGCAUUGGCUCCCAAUCCAGAGCGAAAAUACAGAAGACCAGAAGAACAAGAUUUCAGGUUAACAAUUCCCGAUGUACAAGCAGCAAAGUUGCGUGCAAAGCUUGUUGUGUUAAGUUGUUGUCACAGUGCUCAAGGCAAGGUGUCUAGUGAAGGUGUGGUCGGCAUUGCACGGGCUUUUCUUGGUGCUGGUGCUCGUUCUGUUCUGGUAGCACUCUGGUCAAUUGAAGACGAAGCUACCGUGGAGUUUAUGAGAAGCUUUUACCGAAAUCUGAAGGACGGAAACAGUGCCAGCGUGUCACUCAACCGGGCAAUGAAAUGUCUGCGUGAAUCAGAAAACUUUAAUGCCCCGCGGUUCUGGGCUCCGUUUGUACUCAUUGGUGACGAUGUUACACUAGAUUUUGGACAAAUCUCUAAAGAAUCAUCCCAAGGAAAAGAAGCAUCAAUAACUGAAGUUGAGGCUCAAGAUGAACAUGAACACAUGCCAUAA